AUGGUUCUCCUUUUCCCCUCCUGCUCUCUCCUGCUCUCCUGCUCUCUCCUGCUUCUAUUCCUAGUUUUACCUUCUCUUGCUGACCACUUGCUGGAAGAUUUCGGAAGGAAAGGAUUGUCAUCGGACGACACGGGCAAGGAAAACAAGUUUCCUCCUCCUCCGCUUCCUGCUGCUACUGCUGCUGCUGCUGCUGCUCCCUCCCUCUUUGGUCGAUCCUUCCUUGCUGGAUCCUCCUUGUGCCUCUCAAGCAGCUUCGCCGCUGUUGCUGCUGGAGCUCGCGACGACUCAGCGUUCGGAGGAGCUUCAUGGCAGGCCCACAUGUACCAAGUUGAGGACAGGAGGAAGGACGAUCCUCGACUGCAACGAAGAGCAUAA